ACCCCAUAAUCUUUAUUAAGAAAACAAAUUAAAUAAAUAAUAAUGAUAAGUUGGACUUUGAGCAAGUAAAGUUUAAUAUUGGUGCUUCAACUUCAACUUAGACUGCAAGAAAGUAACAUAAAACAAUGAGGGCACGUUACGUUAGUCUAAUGAAACAAAUAUUUAUUUCAUACACUAAUUUCUUCAGUACUCAAAAUGGCAUCAAUUGAUCCCAAUAUUGAUCCCUAUGGCUACUUGGGAAUCACCCAAAACUCCGACGGUUCCAUCACUCGUCGGCCGGAGUUUCUCGCCACAUGCACCGCCGAUUCCGAUCCCAAAUCUCCGGUCCUCAUCAAGGACAUUCCCAUCAAUCAACAAAACAACACUUGGGCACGCCUCUACCUCCCCGCGCCGGAAUCCGGCGCCGCUCCGGCGACCAAACGGCCCCUCCUGGUUUACUACCACGGCGGAGGAUUCAUCCUAUGCAGCGCCGCCAGUUCCAUAUUCCACGCCUUCUGUUCCCGACUCGCCGCUGAAAUCCCGGCGUUGGUCGUCUCCGUCGAGUACCGUCUCGCCCCGGAACACCGCCUCCCCGCCGCCUACGACGACUCCGCGGAAGCCCUGGAUUGGAUCCGAACCGCCGGCGACGAGUGGCUGACUGACUACGCCGAUUUCUCCAAUUGUUUUCUGAUGGGAACCAGCGCCGGCGGAAACAUCGCGUACCACGUGGGUUUGCGCGAGUGCGUUGACGUUGACCAGCCGAAGCCUCUGAAGAUCCAAGGGCUGAUACUGCACCAGCCGUUCUUCGGCGGUGUGGAGAGGACCCCGUCGGAGAUAAGGCUGGCCGGCGACAAGGUGCUUCCGCCGCUUCUGUCGGAUAUAAUGUGGGAUCUGUCGCUGCCGGUUGGGGUUGACCAGGACCACGAGUACUCCAAUCCAAUCAGAGCCGUUAGAUUAGAUGUGGUGGAGAAGGUGAAGGAUCAAGGGUUGAGAUUACUGGUGACCGGCUGUGACGGUGACCCGCUGGUGGACCGUCAAAUUGAAUUGGUGAAGAUGCUGAAAGAUAAGGGAGUGGAUGUGGUGGAUCAAUUUAGCGAUGGUGGAUUUCAUGGAUGUGAGAUUUUUGAUGAUUCUAAAGCUAUUGUCCUUUAUGCUGCCCUAAAGAAAUUUGUCCUAAAUUCUUAAUUUUAAUUUCCCAUUUUUAUGCUUUGAAUUGAUUCUAAUAAGUAUAAGUUGUACCUUUAACAACUUCCUAGUGUAAUAUUUCAUCUUUUAUCAAAUUUAAAUAUAUAUUUUUUUAAGGGUUAA